ACUCUUUCAAGAGAAGACUGGACGCUCACAGAAGCAUACUAGAACAGGACUCGGUUUGCAUAAUGGUGGCCUUUUCAAACGUUUGCGCUUCGCUGAUACUCAUGGCUUUCUAGGGCCCUAACCAAUUAAGUUGGUCACGUCUUCAGGGUCCUCAUGUAAGUUGAUUGACAGCUCAAUGGCUUCGAUUUUUUAUGAUACGCCUACACCAAAAUAAAUUGAAAAGGGAUGAUGAGGCUGAACACUCAAAAAGUAUAGGUGGAAAGAUAUCAGUUUGUCUCCUUCGUUCCUCAUCCUGGAAGAAUUAGUGGGAGUUCUUCUGUAGUUUCCUUGAUGAGGGGAAAUAUCUCAAAAUCUAAACCUUAGACUUCGGUUAACUCCUUCAGAUGAACCCUAAAUUGUCUCAUUUUCCCCUGUAUUCACACCAAAUGGUUUACUUUCCUUGGAACAUGCCCCUAGCCUAAAUAAAAUAUGUUUGUGUCAAGCAGUAUUCAUGCUAAUCACGCUGAUUUAAUUCAUGAUGUAGCCUAUGAUUUCUAUGGUCGACGCAUGGCAACUUGUAGUAGUGAUCAAAUGAUUAAAAUUUGGGAUUUAAAGGACAAUGAAGAAUGGGUAUGCACUGCUUCAUGGCGAUGUCAUUUAGGAUCAGCAUGGCGUGUUACUUGGGCACAUCCUGAAUUCGGUCAGGUUAUCGCUACCUGUUCAUUCGAUCGUACAAUAGCUGUAUGGGAGGAAAUCGCAGGCACUCAAACUAUAACAAGUGGUGAAAAUGAUGGUGGUACCAAUCAAACUCCUUCAACUGUAACAAACAUUACAUAUGGAAGUCAGUCAGCAAACACUAAUUGGAUAAGACGUGCCUACCUUGUUGAUCCACGUACUUCUGUGACUGGUCUACAAUUCGCUCCAAGACAUCUAGGUCUUCAGUUGGCUGCUAUUUCUACAGAUGGCAUGUUGCGGAUUUAUGAAGCACUGGAUGUUAUGAAUUUAAGUCAGUGGCGUUUACAGUUUGAUUUCGGUACUAAAAUGGCUGGAUCAUGUUUAGCAUGGUCUCAGUCACGUCUUGACCCACCUUUAAUUGCUGUUGGCAGCGUUAGUCCUAAUGAUCCAGAUACUGCGGAUAAUUCAGACGGUUUACCAGCACAUCAUUCUAUGUCUCAUUCAACAGCUCACCCAACAAAUACUCUAGUAAACGGUAAACUUAUCCUUUAUGAAUAUUCUGAAGCUAGAAGGCAUUGGUAUCUUGUGGAAGAUGUGCAUGCACUGAAUGAUCCUAUUUACGAUGUAUCAUUCGCUCCACAUAUGGGUCAAUCAUAUCAUACAUUAGCUGUUGGUUCUAAAGAAUUGUAUAUAUUAAGAAUUAGACCGUUUAACUCCAAUCAAUCUUCUAAUUCACUGAUGAAAAAUGAUAAUUCUAGUUCCAAUAAUUUGUCAUUGUCAAGAUCGAAUCUACCUAUACGUAAUCCGUAUGAAAUUAGAAUGAUGGCACGUUUCGAUCAUCAUGAAGGACGAGUUUGGCAUGUUUCUUGGAAUGUAACUGGUUCUUUACUUGCAUCGUCUGGCGAUGAUGGUUGUGUACGACUUUGGCAAGCUAAUUAUCUUGGUGUAUGGCUUCCAGUUUCAGUUAUUAGUCCAGAUGGUAGUCGUUGUGCUACAAUACCUAAUGGACAAAAUAGUCUAUCAAAUUGUAUACUAAAAUCAUGUUCUUCAGGUCCACUGAAGCCAUCAUCUGUUUCAUCAUCAGCUUCACCUAUUCGUUUAUCGAAUUCCACAACUCAAAUCAAACAAAAUGAACAUGUUAUGGAUCAUACUGAACAAACGUCAAACGCUAAUCUACCUAAAGGGUCGCUUCAUGGAUGUACAGUUCCAUUUCAGAAAUUAGCUCCAAUUCCAAAUCCAAAUCAACCUGGUGUAUGGCAUUAAAUAAAUUAAAGCUUUAGAUGUGUUAAUUUCAUGUUUUACAUUGUAUAUUUCUUUUUUAUCACUUCUGUCAAAUAGAAUAUCUAUUGUUGUAAUAAUUACAAGAAAUGAAUUUAUGAUAACAAGAAUAAAAAUAAAUUACAAUCAUAUUUUGUGUAUAAUACUUUUCUUAUCAUUGACAUUGUUUACGCUAUAUGACUGGAUAUAUAUAUGAAUAAAAGUUGAGUUCAUCUGUUGAUC